GGCCAUUUGGGCCCCCAAAUAAAAAGCCCAUUCAACUUCACUUGUUUGGUGCCCUAUGCUACGCUUCUUUCUCAUUACACUCUCUCAGUGAUUGUUCGUUCCAUCGAUCGUAGCAAAAAAUCGAACAGGGUUUAUUGUGGAAGAUGGGUAGUGUUGUUAGAGCUACAUUGAAGAAAACAAACUCUAGUGUUUGUGUAUUUCAGAGAAGUAAUGGUUUUGUUGCUAGAUUCUUCUCUACUGAAGCUGAACAGCCACCACAGCAUUCAACACCUCCUUUUUUGCGUACAGACAAUUCAGGUUUGACAUAUGCUAGGCUGACUGGUGUUCAUAAACAUGCUCUCAAAACGGAUAUCAUCAGCUUUCUUGAAGGUUGUAAUUUGACUCUGGAGGAUGUUAAAAUGGAGUACACCCGUGGUGGCUUCAACCCACUUGCAAUGAUGUUGCAGUUCCCUACUUACAGUGCCUAUGACAAUGCUUUACGCGUGAUCGGAAGGAAGGGUCGUUUGUACAGAUUGGAUAGGAUCGAUCGUUCUCAUUGGGACACUGUUAUUCCAUACGACGGAAGAACUAUUUUAAUUCAAGGACUUCCAAGAAAUGCACAAUAUGCAGACAUUGAACAGAUUGUGUCCGAUUAUGACCAUGAUUCAUCUUCCCUCAAUAUGUUUCUAAGAACUGGAGAGGGUAAUGAACCUGUUAAAAUGGCAACAGUACUUUUCCGUUCAAGGACCCAAGCAAUGAAUGUAUUCAUCGCAAAGAAUGGGACAUAUUGCCUCAACAAUCGCAUUUCGAUACAUGUUCUUCAGUAAUACUAAUACAAGAUCCUCGUCAUGCUGGUGUUGUUGGAGCACUGAUUUUAUAGCUCAGAGUAGUAAAAUUUAUUUGUGAUUUAUGAUUUCGUAACGGCUUUUAUGAUGCAUGAAAAUGUUUAGAAUUGUUGCAUAUUGGGAACCAUAUGAAUUGAAAAAACAUCUGACCAAGCAAAUAAUUUUUGUAAUUGAUCACAUUGUUUCAAUCACGUGUUGCAAUGUCAUUCAAUUAAGGUUUUUAAAUGA